AUGGGCAUGACAGGCAGUACUCAGAAUUGGGGUCUUUGCAACCUCAGCCCCGCCACCUCAGCAGCAGUCCAAAGCACAGCCAUCCCCUCCUCCACUUCGGCAGCAAACCCCAAAAACAGCGACGGCCAGUGCAAAAGUAUCAGCAGCAGCAACAGGAACAGCAGCAACAAGCAGCUCAGCAAAGACUUCAGCGACAGCACAGCGGCAACAAAAGCAGAGGCAGCAGCAGCAAAAGCGAGCCCGCAACGGGAGGCGCCAGCCAGCAGCAGCAGAAGCAACAGCAGCAACAGCAGCAAGCACAACAAGAGGAGUGAAAAGGAAACAAAGGACAGGGUUCAAGUCGGGGCCAGACUAAGGGUCAGAAAACAGUCGAGGGGAGGUUUGGCGGGGCAGGGCCUCUCAAGUACAGGAAAGGAUGUAUAUUUCAUUGUUUUGAUCCCAGAUAAUGAUAUUGAGAUUGUCUUCGAGUGGGACCCAGCAAAGGUUAUUGCUGAGCGUCAGAGUGUUGAUGAAUGGGUAGCUCAUAAUGUCAUAAGUAUGUUGACCAAGAAAACACCUUGCCGUUUAUUUGCUCGGUACAGGAAAGAGAGGACUGGGAACAUGGAGGUUGAGAAACUGAGAGAGAUCCAAAAUGCAUACUCACAGCUCAAGUCUAGAUGUAUCAACUUGAUUAUCUUGUCAUAUAUAAAUAUGCUUUUUCCAUUCAUUAUAUUUGACCCCCCAGAGAUUAAGGAAAUUGUGAGUGUACAUUAUCUCACAAGACCCAUCAACUAUUUUGAUGAUUUAGUAAUUUUUAAUUUCAUCAUACAGACAGCAGCCUACAAAGGCAGUGGGAAACGCACAUAUGCAGAGAGAGCUCGGGAACUUGGUCUUGAGCCAGCUGCACUCGAGGUUAUGCAGAAGGUCUCGAACAUUGAGGAAGUUGAGCAGGGACUCCAGCACAUUAUAGCAGAUGUCAUAAGCAAAGAUCCCCAAGUCCUUGACUGUGUGCGACAACUUAAUGAUCUUUGUGCCAAAUAUGAAAAAUAUUUUGAGUAUAAGAACCUGGCUUGGAAAACUAAGCCCCAUUCGGGUUUUGUCAUACGGACAAUACAUAUGUCCAUUUCUUCAACUACUGCCAGCAGAAAUGGUUGGGAUGCACCACCACACUACUACAGAACACAGCUGGUGAUGAUGAGCUUUGGGAGACAGCUGGGAGAGGCUUGUCAAAACCGUUUUAUGCAGAGGCAGAUCCGCAGUGAAUUAACAGAGAUGGCUGAGAUUGCAUCUGUGGAGGUGUUUGCUGCCAAAUUGCGGAGCUUUUUCCUAACUCCCCCAGUCAGAGGGAAGACGGUGCUUGCCAUUGACCCAGGCUAUGCCAAUGGAUGUAAGAUUGGUGUGACAAGCCCAACAGGAAGAAACUCCUCACAACAACAAUCUACCCUUUCCGUGGCAAUCAGCACCUUCAGGGGUUUACUCUUUUGCAAAAUUGGUAAUGGAACAGGAUGCAGAGAGACAGAGACUUAUCUCACACGCCUCAUCGCUCAAAAGUGUUUUGAUCCUUAUAAUGUCCAGUACACCAUCAUCAAUGAAACGGGAGCAUCACAGUAUUCGGUCUCCCCAGAGGCACGGACUGAGUUUCCUGGCCUGGACCCCAAUCAUAUCAGUGCUCUGUCAUUAGCCAGGAGGUUACAAGACCCAUUAUUAGAGUACAUCAAGGUACAUCCAAUGCACAUGGGAGUGGGCAUGUACCAGCAUGACAUACCAGAACGUAUCCUGCAUGCUUCUCUAGACUCAGUCAUGACGGAGUGUGUGUCAUUUGUGGGCGUUGAUAUUAAUUCAGCCUCCGAAUUUGUUUUAAGGAAACUCUCUGGACUGAACAAGCCAAGAGCUGCUAAUAUUGUGGAGUACAGAAAGACAAAAGGCCCCUUUAUAAACAGGGAACAGCUGAAGUCUGUGAAGGGUAUUGGACCCAGAACAUUUGAACAGUGUGCAGGUUUCAUCAGGAUCAUGCCAGAGACACUGGAAAUAGAAAUUAACAAGACACCACAGGGAAAGAAGCGAGCAGAGAAGGAAGCUGUGAGCCCACUUGACCGCACGAUGAUUCAUCCUGAGUCUUACGGGGCUGCUAUGAAGUUCCUCAGCAUUGUGGGAGUACGACCACAAGAUAUUGGUGCUGAUCACUUAAUUCGUACUGUAAGACAUUUUAUACCAACUACAACUUUAGAUGCCUUGUCUGAGCAGUGUGAGACAACGCUCCCUACUAUGCAGCUUAUUGUUGAGGGUCUGACACAACCUCUUGAUUAUGAUAUUCGUGCUCAGUUUGAGAAACCACUUUUCCGCAAGGGGAUUACCUCCAUAGAUGAUGUUGCUUUAGGAACUAAAUUAACAGGUACAGUGAGAAAUGUGACCCACUUUGGUGCAUUUGUGGACGUUGGCUUAGGGAAUGAUGGUUUGGUCCAUGUCACCAAGAUGGCUGGGGUGAGGCUGGAGCUCGGCAACAUUGUGGAGGUGUCGGUCAUCUCUAUUGAGAAGGAGCGCGCUAGGAUCGGCCUCAUGCUAGAGCGUUUGAUUGGUUGAGGGGAAUGUGAAGGAAGAUUAUAAGGUAUUCAUUUACAGGCCAUUUGAUUUGAUUUUUUUUUUCUUUUCUUUUCUUUUCUUUUUCUUUAUUAUUAUUAUUACUCUUCUAUCUUUUUUAUAUUAUAAUUAUUACUGUUCUAUCUUUCUUUUUUUCAAUGAUCCCUUUCAGGCAAGUUAUUGCCUUUUUUAAUGUAAACAGAUAAACAGCUGUGCCUUCUCAAGACGCAUUAGAUCGUAAGCUGUCUUUAAUGGAAGACAGUAAGUCUCUUUGACUUUGUCACUAGUAUUUUCUUUAUGAUUUUUUGUUGUUGUUAUCUUAGGAAUUAUUUUAUUAUGUUGGCCAGUCAUCCUGUAUAUUAAUUACAGAGUGUAGGUGAUCUCCCCUAUUUCUUUUUCCUUUCUACCUGCAUUUCUGUUUUUCUUCUCCCCUUUUUUUUUUUUUUUCUUCUUCUUCAUGUUCUUUUUUUUCAGUCUUUCAUGUAUUCUACUUUGUAGUAUGAUAUUCAUUCUGUUCAUCUUUUUUUCCCCCUUCUUUUUUCUCUCACUCUCUCUAGCUCUGUGUUAUUUCUUAUCAAAUAUCCCCCAUCUUUUCAACAUAAGAUGGUUAACUGUAAAGAACAAAUUGUUGCUUUUGAGAAGUAACAACCCUAAUUACUCCACAAUAGAAAAAGGGUUUAGUUUAUAUAUUUUUAUGUAAAGAAAAAAAAAGAAAAGAUUUUGUUAUUUCAUAUAAUACAGUGAAGUUUUGCAUACUGAUACCUCUUUGCAAAAAACAUGUACACACAUUUAAACAGUGCAUGUAUGAAAUAGAAGUAGCUGUUAUCCUUACGUCAAAGUGGAUACCUCAUCCAUUCUUUGUGUCAUGUAGAUCUAUGUUGCCAUCAGUUCUAGUGAUGGUUCUAUAAGGUAAAGGUGUGUGGAGCGAGUGGCAUUGUGAUCGUGUUCAUCAUACAGAUCCCGUCAUACUUUGUCAUGUCAUUAUUAUUCACCUUUUCAUUCUUAUAGUCUUCCCUCUCUUUCUCUCAUGGUACUCCUCUUCAUCUUUCUCCUCCUCAUUCUUCUUCACCUGCUGAGUCUCCUACAAAUCUUACUCUUCCUUGUUUUCUUCCUUUUCUUUUUUAUUAUCCUCCUUUUCUACCACUCUUUCAUUAUUAGUAUGUACUCCAUAUUCAUCCAGCAUUUAUUUGUGCCAUUACAUCACAUGUCUUCAAAGAUUUUUUGAAUUUGUGGUUCACAGCAGUUUUAAACUGCUCAAGGUUGAAAGUUAUACUUGUCUGUAUGUUUCUAUAUUGGUUUGCAAAAAUAUAAAGGAAUUUUAUCCUUUGAAUAUAUGGGGCACUAAACCCACUACAGUAUUGCUGUUGUUAUAAAGCACUACUGU